AAAAAAUUACCACGGUGUAAGUCUCUUAUCACUACCCUUUAGUUCAGGCAAUUCCACGUAUUAUUCUGAAGUUCAUUUAAAAAUAAACUAUGUGACAUUCUUUCAGCACAGGCCACUUCUAAGUAGGGAGCACGCAAGCCGGGGAGAACCUCAGGUAACAGCAGGAUGCAACGCUGGUGAGCAAGUCAAUUUUUUUCCUCCUCAGGUUCUGUAUGGGUAAUGGUUGUAUUACGGUAACAGGCACCAUUCUCCACAAGGCACACUUUGGCGUGUUGGAUUCCACUCCUAUCAAAGCGCAUUCUCCUUGGCGAUGCUUUUAGAUGAGCAGCCUGCACUGAUCAAGAUCUGCUCCCAGCAUUAGACAAGUCACAAAUCCAGCUGUUUGUGAAAACUGUAAACAGGGACGGUUUCUACAAACACAUUCCAUUACAGAUGAUGUUUCUUCCUUGGUUGGGGCAGGGGACAGUUAAUGCCAAAGACGUGUCCAAAUUAAAGGUGGGCACCUGAGUUUACCACCUAUCCUACAGGAAGUCCAAUUUCUAGAGCUGCGACAAUGAAUUCAGUAAGUCACUGCUUGAGAAAAGGCUACUCACUGAGCAAAGGAAACCAGGAUUAGGCCAGUGGUUUGCAACUAAGUACACUCAUAGGGUAUUGAUGUGUAUUUGACUAUUGUCCACUAAGCAUAGAGUUACACAUUUAACGUAUUUUGCUAAACAAAUUCUUCCCCGUUAUUUUCAUCUCUCCGAGUUCUAUUUAAAGAGACUUCCCAGGAACUGAUGAGAUUGGAUCCCCUGCCCCUGUUCCCUCUCCCACAUUCUCUUGGAGAUUUCUUUGAAACUUUUUCCCCAAAACAGACAAAUAAUGGUCCCUUACCUGCUGCUGUGCUUGAGCUUUGGUUAUGCAGCAGCCCUCAAACCCACAUGCCUAUCGGCCCAGUUUAGAAGGCCUGGUGAUUAUAUCAUAGGAGGCUUGUUCCCUUUUGGAACGGACACCGUAAACCUGACGGCACGAUCAGAGCCCACGUUAGUUGUGUGUGAAAGGUUAUUUGUAGGUGGGCUAAUAUGGGCUCUUGGGAUGAAGUUUGCUAUCGAUCAGAUCAACAAUUCCACUUCACUUCUCCCAGGAGUAAAGCUGGGCUAUGACAUGCAUGACACCUGCUUUGAGCCAGUGGUGGCCUUACAGCCCAGCUUGCUAUUUUUGACCCGAAAUGGCACAACAGGCAUCGGAGUACUGUGCAACUACACCGACUACCAGCCUCGUGUGACUGCUGUGAUUGGACCACAUAAGUCAGACCUCUGCCUGGUAACAGCCAAACUAUUCAGCUUCUUCUUGAUCCCACAGGUCAGCUACGGAGCCAGCAGUGAGAAGCUCAGCAACACAGACUUGUACCCAUCCUUCUACCGUACUGUUCCCAGUGAUAAGAACUUGGUGGAAGCUGUGGUCCUGCUACUGAACAAGUUCGGAUGGAACUGGAUUGGCAUCAUUGGAAGCGAUGAUGAAUAUGGCCAAGGAGCUCAGAGGCUCUUCUUAAGCAUAGCUGGAAAUCACAGCAUCUGCAUUGCGUUCGAGACACUAAUUCCUACAGACCUUGCAGACCCCAAAGCCAAAAACCAACUGGAAGAUACCAUUAGGUUAAUUAACAAGACCAAAGUCGACAUUAUUGUCCUUUUUGCCUUUAGUCAGUCAGUCCAGGCCCUGCUGGAACACAGCAUCAGGAUGGGACUGAGCAAGAGAGUCUGGAUUGGCACUGAAGCCUGGAUGUUGUCUGACAUAGCUGCCUCCAUCCCAAAUAUUCAGAGCAUUGGGACAGUCUUAGGCUUUAUUAUGAAAGCAGGCACAGUCCCUGGCUUCCGGAAAUACGUUGCUGACCUCUUUACCUCUGUUCAGCAGGAUAAAUUUUGCCAGGAGUCUAGAAAAUUCAACCAGCUCAUGAACUCUGACGUGCUGGACACACAUUGCAAACAGUGUGACCACAUCUCGCUGCGUGACAUCUCAUCCAUGCUAAACCUCCCACAAAUACAAUCAGUCUACAUCGCAGUCUACAGCGUGGCUCAUGCACUGCACAGAGCGCUGGGGUGCACCCACCAAGCGUGUCCCAAAGCAUCUAUCAGAUCUUGGCAGCUGCUGCAUUUCAUGAAUACCGUCCCAUUCAAGGUGAAUGGCCAAAGUUUCAGCUUUGAUCAAUUCCAUGGCACAAACACUGGCUACAAGCUUAUAUUGUGGUCCUGGAAAAAUGGCACCCUUACGUACCUGCCUGUAGGCAACUAUGAAGAGUCCUUGUACAUCAAUAAAUCCCAGAUUCAGUUUCACACUGCAGAUCAAAAGGAGCCUACAUCAGAGUGCUUCAGACGUUGUAAACCAGGACAACUCAGACGAAUAAAAGGAUUCCACCUCUGCUGCUAUGACUGCACAGAUUGUCCAGAAAACACCUUCUGGAGCACUAAAGACAGCUCUACCUGCACUCCCUGCCUAAAGCAUCAGUGGUCCCCUGUCCGGAGCACACAAUGUUAUGACCGCAACGAGAGAUACCUCUUUUGGAAUGAGCCGCUCACCAUUGCCUUGCUAACGUUGAUGUCCGUCACCAUAUCCUUGACUUGUUUGACAGCUGUGCUCUUUCUAAAGAACCUUGAGACUCCCCUUGUGCAGGCUUCUGGAGGCAAACUGAACCUCUUUGCCUUGUUCACACUCACGCUGCUGUGUCUCAGCUGCUGCCUCUAUAUAGGGAAGCCCAGCAACAACCUUUGUAUGAGCCAGCAGGUAGUCUAUGCCCUGUGCCUCAAUGGUUGUUUCUCUACCUUCUUCAUCAAAUCCCUUGAGAUCACCCUUGUGACAGAGUUCCCUCGCUGUGCCCCCACCUUCUUGUACUGGGUGACCCAGAGAAGGGCCUGGCUCCUCGUCGCCUUGUGCCUCCUCACCGAGUGCUUGUUCUGUUUCUGCUAUCUUCACUUGGGCCCUGACUGUCUGGUGUCUGACUACAAGUCACUGCCCACCGAAGUUCUGCUUGUGUGUAACACCGAGUCCUGGUUUGCCUUUGCUCUGGUGCACGGCUACAACGGCUUCUUGGCCUUUGUCUGCUUCCUGUGCACGUUCAUGGUGCAGACUUCUGGGAAGAAGUACAAUAUUGCCAGGGGGAUCACUUUUGCCAUCCUAAUCUAUUUCAUCAUCUGGAUCUUCUUCGUUGCUACUUUUGUCACGCUGAAGACAGUCCUCAGGUCUGUUACUCAGAUUGGUACCAUUUUGUCAACUAGUCUGGGUAUCUUGGGGACCUACUAUAUCCCCAAAUGCUACAUCAUCUUGCUUAAGCCUGAUCUGAACACGGUAGAUUAUUUCUAGAACUCCAUCAAAGAGGAGCCACAGGAGGACUCAAUAAACAGACAAUAAACCAGAUCCAUUGUCACCUGCUCUGCAGUAGAAGCUGGCUGUAUUUUAAUAAGAUAAUUCUGUUUAUGAUGAGUCUAUAAGCUAUGGUCCCACACACAAUCACCACAAAAAAUACAGUCUUAUCCAGUAGGCUGAACACUAGGAACAGAAUUUUUAAGCUGCAAAAGCACAGGGCUCUACUCAAUGAGCUAAAGCAAAAUGCCCCCGGCAGAGUAGUAUCCAUCCUCUCUAUGGCUAACCACCCAUUUCAUCACCCACAAGGAACCAAAAGCACAUUUGGUUAAGCAAGCAACCUACAGUACUGAUACUUUAUAUGAAUCUCUCAGGUCUGGCAAUCUGAGCUCACCCAGGCCACUUUCCUGUAAAGACCGCUCAUGAUUUUUACUUCUUAACAACUAGAUAACUGCUCCAGCGAUAUAACCAUGAAUCUUUUCCCAGGCCUUAUAAGAACUUUCAAAUAUAUUCAACAGCACAGAAAUAAUAACCAGAAAAACAGAAGGGAAUCAUCUGAAAAGGUAUGAGAUA